AUGGGCCGUUCAUACGAAUUCAAAAUAAAGCUAGAUUCGCCUGGGAAACAAUUCAGACCGGGCGAUGCAGUUACUGGCAAAGUUGACCUCCAGGUGAUCAAGUCAAUCACCGUUCGGGACAUCAAUGUGACGUUGAGAGGCGUGGCAGAGUCUGCCAAUUACACUUAUGUUACCAAUUACAACGCGGUGACAAGACGACACGAGCGCAGGAAGAUGACCAACUCGAUCACGUAUCAUUUCUUUGCAUACGGCGUGAAGGUGUUCCCGCCGCCUAAUCUUCAGCAGCACGGGCUGGCUGGCGAGUAUACGUUGGCUGAGGGCCAGUAUAGUUAUCCGUUUGAGCUAUCGUUUCCGUCUGGGCCGGUGGAGGCGAAGAGCUCGUCUCAUUUCGACGUGAGCCGUACGUACAUGUCGACGCCGCUGAUGUUUAUGCCGCCUUGGGCCAACCGGGGCUCUGGCAGCGCAAGCUCAAUGACAAUAUCGCUUCCGCCUGCUUUCCGCAUGUACAGAGACUACGACGACCAUGCCAUUGUGGAUUACGUUCUAGAAGCCCAUGCCGACCGGAAGGGGUUUCUCAAGUCCGACUUUAGCGAUAAACAGCUACUCAGGUUCUCUCCGAACCUAGAUUCGGUGAUGUUUUCUUUUGCUCCAAUAACACAGAAUGGUGUUUUCAUUCCCAACUACUUUCAAGGCGCCUCGAGGCUCAAGUUUGAAAUUGGCAAGAGCAAAAGGCACGAGGGGAAGAGUUUCUUCAAGCGAGUCUUUUCCUCCAGGUCGCUCAAGGUGCCUUUCGAGAUUGUGGGUGAGUUUAAACAGAGAAACGCUGUUCUGUAUCCCCAGGGCCAAACCAGCAGGGUCUUGCACCAGGGAGAUAAUCUCGCCGAUGUGCUUGACUUGAGAAUCUACACACCUUUCUCUAAGGAUGCUCUCCAACGGAUUUUGAUCGGCGAAGAAGGGAAGAAAUCUGGUCCUGUAGCACCGUUAUCUAAUCUUUUGAUUAAGGAAAUCUCUGUAACAUUGGGCCGUGAUAUCUAUUAUCAGGGUAUUGAGGAACAAAGGACCAAGAAUGAGGUUAGUGUUGGAAAACAAGCUUUCAAGAACGAAUUUGAGCUUUCUGAUUUCGAGGAGGUGGACUACCGGGGUUCGGACAUCUUCCUGAAGAUCAAGCAGGACUACGCUGAACAUUACCAAUCUGGAAAGGCAUACAUGCUUGAAAUUCCUCCUCAAAUGUAUGCCUUUUUGUUAUCGUGUGAUGCCCAAUCCUUUUCAGCGCCUAACAUUCUGUGUGACGUCCUGCUAAAGCUUAACUUUCUGUUAACCACCACGGAGGAGAAUCCAAGUAUGGCCAGAAUUAUUUGCGAGACCCCAAUUGUCUUCCUUCCUGGUCGUGUUAACACUGGUGGUUCAGAUCUGUUUGUUCCUCCGGGUGGGCCGCCUCCAGCUGUAAAUGGGGAACUUUCAACCCCAUUGGGCCCACCGCCACUGGGCAGUGAAAUCCCCGAAGCAGAAGAGCUACCAUCGUAUUCUGAUGUAAAACAUGCCAGUUGA